UUGAUAGAGAGAGAAAGAGACGGACUUACUGUCAUGCACUUUGGAGGUACUUGGGACAAAGUGAAACACUGAAGAAAGAGUUUCGUGUGAAAGAAAAAGCCAGUCUUUUCUCAAACCCCCUUUUCCCCCUUUUUUGAUUUAGGGUUUCUCUUCUCCUCCUUCUUCUCUCUUCCCAGAAUCUUCAACUUGUUCCAUUUUUGAUCAUCUCCUUUCUGGGUUUCGUUUCAAUCCGAUUUGGGUUCUUGAAUUUGCUUCGAAUUCGUCGUUUCGACAAUGGAAUUUCAUUUCUUCAAGCACCUGCAUCCAUACCCAGGUUAAUUUUCUUACUUCAAUCCCAUAGAGAAUCAACAGCAUUUAGUUAGACCCUUUUUUUAUAUACAUAUAUCUAUAUCGAUGGAUUCAUCUGAUAAAAGCAACGAGAUUUUGAAAUCUACUAGGAAAUCUUUGAAGCAUAGUUUAGAUAAAUCGAAAGCCCUAGGUUUAUCUCUUGAAAGAACUGGUCCUAGAUUGGAUGAAAUUAAACAGAGAUUACCAUCUCUAGAAGCUGCUAUUAGACCUAUUCUAGCACAAACAGAUGCUCUUGAUGCUGUAGGAGGUCAUAUUAAUCGAGCUGUAGUUCCAGCAGCAGCUGUUCUUAAGGUUUUUGAUGCAAUUCAUGGACUUGAGAAAUCUUUAUCGGAUCCUCAGUCAGAUCUUCCUGGUUAUCUCUCUGUAUUGAAGAGACUUGAAGAGGCUUUGAGAUUCUUGGGUGAUAAUUGUGGUAUGGCGAUUCAAUGGUUAGAUGAUAUUGUUGAGUAUUUAGAGGAUAAUCGAGUUGCUGAUGAUAGAUACAUUGCGAAUCUAAAGAAAGCCCUAAAAUAUCUUAAGGAAUUGCAGAGUGAAGAAAAUGGUAAUCUUGAUGGUGGUCUUUUAGGAGUUGCAUUAGACAGAUUGGAGAACGAAUUCCGGCGACUUUUAACUGAAAACAGCCAGCCUUUACCAAUGGCUAAUCCGGUUUCGGGUGAAGAACAAGCUUCCAAUUCCUUAGCUCCUCCACCGAUUCCUGUAUCUGUAGUUCAGAAACUGCACGCGAUUAUCGGUAGACUGAUCAAGAACAACAGGUUAGACAAGUGCGUUUCAAUCUAUGUUCAAGAGCGAAGUUCGACAGUCAGAUCGAGUUUGCAGGAUCUGAAUCUGGAUUAUUUAGAAAUCUCGGUUUCAGAAUUUAACGAUGUCCAGAGUAUAGAAGGCUAUAUAUCUCAAUGGGGCAGGCAUUUGGAGUUUGCUGUUAAACAUCUCUUUGAGGCCGAGUAUAAUCUCUGUAAUGAUGUGUUUGAUCGCAUUGGUUUGGAAAUAUGGACAGGCUGUUUCGCGAGAAUCGCUGCGCAGGCGGGUAUUCUCGCGUUUCUCCAGUUUGGGAAAACUGUAACCGAAAGCAGGAAAGAUCCGAUUAAAAUGCUUAAGCUUUUGGAUAUUUUUUCGUCGUUAAAUAAACUGAGAUUGGAUUUCAACCGGUUAUUCGGCGGGGCAGCUUGUUCGGAAAUCCAGAAUCUCACUAGAGAUCUAAUCAAACGGGUCAUAGAAGGAGCAGCCGAUAUUUUCUGGGAACUCAGACUUCAAGUGGAGUUACAAAGAAAAUCUCCGCCUCCUCCCGAUACCAGCGUUCCCCGUUUGGUUAGCUUUAUAACCGAUUACUGUAACAGGCUGCUAGGCGAAGAUUACAAGUCAUUGUUAACUCAAGUUCUCGUGAUUCAUCGAAGCUGGAAGAUGGAGAAGUUCGAAGAGAGGCUUUUGAUCGACGAGCUCUUGAAUAUAAUCAGAGAAAUCGAACAGAAUCUUGAAUCAUGGUCGAAAGCUUGUAACGAUCCGGUCAUGCCCUGUCUUCUAUUGAUGAACAAUCACUGGCAUUUAUACAAACAUCUAAAGGGCACUAAGCUUGGUAUCAUACUCGGAGAUUCUUGGUUAAGAGAACAGGAGCAAGCUACUGAGCGUUAUUUGGGUACGUUUAUGAAGGAAAGCUGGGGGAAGCUUCCUGGUCUUUUGAGCAGGGAAGGUCUGAUACUAUUCUCAGGUGGGCGUGCUACAGCUCGAGAUCUAGUAAAGAAACGGUUGAAGGGUUUUAAUGAAGGUUUCGAAGAAAUGUAUGGGAGACAGUCGAAUUGGGUUAUAGUUGAGAAGGAUUUGCGAGAUAGGACUUGUCAAAGGAUUGUACAGGCAGUUGUGCCGGUUUAUAGGAGUUAUAUGCAGAAUUACGGGGCGUUGGUCGAGCAAGAUAGUAAUAGUAAUGGGAAGUAUGUUAAACAUAGCGCUCAAUCGCUUGAAAAGUUGUUGGGCUCGCUUUUUCAACCGAAGCAAAUGAGAUUCGGUAGUUUUAAGUUGAGGCAGCAACAAGCUAGUGGGAAAUUCGAAAAUGAAUCAGUUUCGGUCGUUGGUCAGUAUCGUUCUUCUCCUGUUACUCCUGCUACUGUUUGAUUUUAUUGUCUAAUAUGAUUUUGUGAUAAUAAUUCAUUCAACUAUUAUUGAUUUUUAGCUUCA